AUGCGGGGCCCGCUGGGCACAGAGGAGGAGCCGCCGCAGCUGCCCGAGGAGGAGGAAGAGGAGAUGGAGAACGACGAGGACAUGUCAGUCUUGAAAGCUGUGUCCCUGUUCAUGCAGCUCAAGGUCAUGAGAGGGAGAAAAGAGGGAGAGAAAGAGAGAAAAGGAGAGAGAGGGAGAGAGAAAGGGAGUAAUGAUGAGCUGUCUGAUAAUGAAGAGGAGAUGGAAGAGAAAUCAGACAGUGAGGGAAGCGACUAUUCUCCUAAUAAAAAGAAGAAGAAAAAGCUCAAAGAGAAGAAAGAGAAAAAAUCCAAGCGGAAAAAGAAGGACGAAGAGGAGGAUGAGAAUGAAGAUGGAGGUUUAAAGGAGCCCAAGUCUUCAGGCCAGCUCAUGGAGGAAUGGGGCCUGGAUGAUGUGGAUUAUCUGUUCUCUGAAGAGGAUUAUCACACUUUGACCAACUACAAGGCCUUCAGCCAAUUUCUCAGGCCUCUCAUUGCCAAGAAGAACCCCAAGAUCCCCAUGUCUAAGAUGAUGACGGUCCUGGGGGCCAAGUGGCGAGAAUUCAGCGCCAACAACCCAUUCAAGGGGAGCUCGGCGGCAGCCGCAGCAGCAGCCGUGGCUGCCGCUGUGGAGACCGUCACCAUCGCCCCACCGCUGACCGUCAGCCCUCCUCAGCCCAUCCAGCCCAUGCCUAUCCGGAAGGCCAAGACCAAGGAGGGCAAAGGUGGCCAAACAACUGAGAAAGGCUCUCGCCACAUCCAUGGCAGGGCGCAGCGAGUGGCUCAGCAGACCGAGAGCCUCCUCCGAGCUUCCUCGAAACCCAUCCCAGCCGGAACCCCAUGCCCUCCCUUGAAAGGGAAAGUCCAACGGAUCUUGCACUGGAAAUGGACAGAGCCUCCUGCCCCCUUCAUCACUGUGCUGCCCCCGCCUGAUGCUGACCCGGGCAUCCCUCCACCCAAGCCUCUGGAGGGCAUUCCUGAGCGGGAGUUCUUUGUGAAGUGGGCUGGACUGUCCUAUUGGCAUUGUUCCUGGGUGAAGGAGCUGCAGCUGGAGUUGUAUCACACGGUGAUGUACCGGAACUACCAAAGGAAGAAUGACAUGGACGAGCCCCCGCCCUUUGACUAUGGCUCUGGAGAUGAGGAUGGUAAGAGUGAGAAGAGGAAGAACAAGGACCCCCACUACGCCAAGAUGGAGGAGAGGUUUUAUCGCUAUGGGAUCAAGCCUGAAUGGAUGAUGAUUCACCGGAUCCUGAACCACAGCUUUGACAAGAAGGGGGAUGUGCAUUACUUGAUCAAGUGGAAAGACCUUCCCUAUGACCAGUGUACCUGGGAGAUUGAUGACAUCGACAUACCCUACUAUGAGAAUCUGAAGCAAGGCUAUUGGAACCACAGGGAGCUGAUGUUAGGAGAAGAUUCCCGGCCACCCAAGAGACUGAACAAGAAAGGGAAAAAGCUGAAAGAUGACAAACUGGAGAAGCCCCCAGAGACGCCUUUAGUGGAUCCCACUGUCAAGUUCGACAAGCAACCGUGGUACAUCGAUGCCACAGGGGGCACCCUCCACCCUUAUCAACUGGAGGGGCUGAACUGGCUGAGGUUCUCCUGGGCCCAGGGCACAGAUACCAUCCUCGCUGAUGAGAUGGGACUGGGGAAGACAGUCCAGACCAUCGUGUACUUGUAUUCUCUCUAUAAGGAGGGUCACUCAAAGGGGCCAUACUUGGUCAGUGCCCCCCUGUCCACCAUCAUCAAUUGGGAGAGGGAAUUCGAGAUGUGGGCACCAGACUUUUAUGUGGUCACUUACACGGGGGACAAGGAGAGCCGAUCAGUGAUUCGGGAGAAUGAGUUUUCCUUUGAGGACAACGCCAUCCGGAGUGGGAAGAAGGUUUUCCGCAUGAAAAAGGAGGCACAGAUCAAGUUUCAUGUCUUGCUCACGUCCUAUGAACUCAUUACCAUUGACCAGGCCAUCCUGGGGUCCAUCGAAUGGGCCUGUCUUGUGGUAGAUGAAGCUCACAGGCUGAAAAACAACCAGUCCAAGUUCUUUAGGGUGUUGAAUAGCUACAAGAUUGACUACAAGCUGCUGCUUACAGGGACCCCCCUGCAGAACAACCUUGAGGAACUGUUCCAUCUUCUAAACUUCCUGACUCCAGAACGGUUCAACAACCUAGAGGGCUUCCUGGAGGAGUUUGCUGAUAUUUCCAAGGAAGAUCAGAUCAAGAAGCUGCAUGACCUGCUGGGGCCCCACAUGCUGAGGCGACUGAAAGCUGAUGUGUUUAAGAACAUGCCAGCCAAGACGGAGCUGAUUGUGCGAGUGGAGCUAAGCCAGAUGCAGAAGAAAUACUACAAGUUCAUUCUGACCAGAAAUUUUGAAGCCUUGAACUCCAAAGGUGGCGGAAAUCAAGUGUCUCUGCUGAACAUCAUGAUGGACCUGAAGAAAUGCUGCAACCACCCGUAUCUCUUCCCCGUGGCUGCCGUGGAGGCACCAGUUUUACCCAAUGGUUCCUAUGAUGGCAGCUCCUUGGUCAAGUCUUCUGGGAAGCUCAUGCUCCUGCAGAAGAUGCUGAAAAAGUUGCGUGAUGAAGGGCACCGGGUUUUAAUCUUCUCUCAGAUGACCAAAAUGCUGGAUCUGCUGGAAGAUUUCCUGGAGUACGAAGGCUAUAAGUACGAGCGAAUUGACGGUGGGAUCACGGGAGGUCUUCGGCAAGAAGCCAUCGACAGAUUCAACGCUCCCGGAGCCCAGCAGUUCUGUUUCCUCCUCUCCACCCGGGCUGGUGGUCUGGGCAUCAACUUGGCCACUGCUGACACCGUCAUCAUCUACGACUCGGACUGGAAUCCUCACAAUGACAUACAGGCCUUCAGCAGAGCCCACCGCAUCGGGCAGAACAAGAAAGUCAUGAUUUACCGCUUCGUCACGAGGGCCUCCGUAGAGGAGCGAAUCACCCAGGUUGCCAAGCGCAAGAUGAUGCUCACGCACUUAGUGGUGCGACCUGGCCUGGGCUCGAAGUCCGGGUCCAUGACCAAGCAGGAGCUGGACGACAUCCUGAAGUUUGGGACGGAGGAGCUCUUUAAAGACGACGUGGAAGGCAUGAUGCCUCAGGGUCAGCGGAUCAACAUGCCUGAGCCCGUGGCGCCUGCCCCCGAUGUCCAGGCCUCCAAAGGUGGUGGCACCUUAGCAGCUGGGGUGAAAAAAAAGCAUGGCAGCACCCCACCAGGUGACAACAAGGACGUGGAAGACAGUAGUGUGAUCCAUUAUGACGAUGCCGCCAUUUCUAAGCUGCUAGAUCGGAACCAGGAUGCCACGGAUGACACGGAGCUGCAGAACAUGAAUGAGUACCUUAGCUCCUUCAAGGUGGCCCAAUACGUGGUCCGGGAAGAAGAUGGCGUGGAGGAGGUCGAAAGGGAGAUCAUUAAGCAGGAGGAGAAUGUGGAUCCUGACUAUUGGGAGAAGCUCCUUCGUCACCACUAUGAGCAACAGCAAGAGGAUCUGGCCCGGAACCUGGGCAAGGGGAAGAGGAUACGGAAACAGGUCAAUUAUAAUGAUGCAUCCCAGGAGGACCAAGAAUGGCAGGAUGAGCUGUCAGACAACCAGUCGGAGUACUCCAUCGGCUCCGAGGAUGAGGAUGAGGACUUUGAAGAGAGGCCCGAAGGUCAGAGUGGGAGGAGACAAUCCCGGAGGCAGCUAAAAAGUGACCGAGACAAGCCUUUACCCCCUCUGCUGGCACGAGUUGGAGGCAACAUUGAGGUCCUAGGGUUUAAUGCCCGGCAGCGGAAAGCCUUCUUGAAUGCCAUCAUGCGCUGGGGCAUGCCCCCCCAGGAUGCCUUCAACUCUCACUGGCUAGUCCGGGACCUUCGAGGGAAAAGCGAGAAGGAAUUUAGGGCCUACGUGUCCCUCUUCAUGAGACACUUGUGUGAGCCGGGGGCCGACGGGGCAGAGACCUUUGCAGAUGGUGUCCCUCGGGAGGGGCUUUCUCGACAGCAUGUGCUCACCCGGAUUGGAGUCAUGUCACUAGUUAGGAAGAAGGUCCAGGAAUUUGAACACGUUAAUGGGAAGUACAGCACGCCUGACCUGAUUCCUGAGAACAAGAAAUCCAGUGAGAUCAUCUCCUCGGACCCCAAUACCCCAGUCCCAGCCAGCCCGGCCCAUAUUCCUCCUGGCCCUUUGGGGCUACCAGACAAAAUGGAAGCCCAGCUGGGCUUCCUGGAUGAAAAAGAACAAAUGGAACAGAAACCCCCCAAACCUCCUGAACUUCAGAUUCCAGGGAUGCCCACUGACAGAGGGGAUGGUGAGGAGAAGCAGGAGAACCUUGAAAACAAAGAGAGACUCCGAGAAGAGAGGAGGGAAGAGAAUGAAAAGCCUGAUCCCUCUUCAGAUCAGCUGCUCAAAGAUGAUGCUUUUCCUGAAAAAGAUAAAUCCCUGGAGAAGAUGGAGUUAAAUCUGGGCCACGGCAGAGGGGAUGACAAAGAUUUCCGGCCAGAGGACUCCAAGGUAGACGAGAAGGAAAUGGCAGAAAGCCAGCAAAACGGGGAAAAGGAAGAUGACGAGGACGGCAAGAAGGACGACAAGAACGGGAAAUUUAAAUUCAUGUUUAACAUCGCCGACGGGGGGUUCACAGAGUUGCACACGCUGUGGCAGAACGAGGAGCGUGCGGCUGUCUCCUCAGGGAAGAUCUAUGACAUUUGGCACCGGCGCCACGAUUACUGGCUUCUGGCGGGCAUCGUGACGCACGGCUACGCCCGCUGGCAGGACAUCCAGAAUGACCCCCGCUACGUGAUCCUGAAUGAGCCCUUCAAGUCCGAGAUCCACAAGGGCAAUUACCUGGAGAUGAAAAACAAAUUCCUGGCUCGAAGGUUUAAGCUUCUAGAGCAGGCGCUAGUGAUCGAAGAACAGCUCAGGAGGGCCGCGUACCUCAACAUGACCCAAGACCCCAACCAUCCAGCCAUGGCCUUGAAUGCCCGCCUGGCCGAAGUGGAAUGCCUUGCCGAGAGCCACCAGCACUUGUCCAAGGAGUCCCUGGCUGGGAACAAGCCCGCCAAUGCUGUCUUGCAUAAGGUACUGAACCAGCUGGAAGAACUUUUGAGUGACAUGAAGGCUGAUGUCACCCGCCUGCCCUCCAUGUUGUCCCGGAUCCCGCCUGUGGCCGCUCGCCUGCAGAUGUCGGAACGCAGCAUCCUGAGCCGCUUGACAAACCGAGCCGGAGACCCCACCGUCCAGCAGGGUUCUUUCGGCUCCUCCCAGAUGUACAACAACAACUUUGGGCCAAACUUCCGGGGUCCUGGACCAGGCGGGAUUGUCAACUACAGCCAGAUGCCCCUCGGCCCCUAUGUGACUGCCACGCCCACUGGGCCACCUGCCAGCCACCCCGAAAGAAAAGGAGCUGACUCCCUUAAAGAUGGUGCUGCUUUGGGACGAAAGGGGAAACUCAAUGAUGUCAUCUGCAUUGAAGACUAAGUCCUAGCC